AUGUCGACUAUUAGUGUUUUUUCUGGCAGCAUAAAACUUUUCUGCAGAGGCUCCGGGGACAGGUGCGAAGUUUUCCUGUCUCCUUCAAGCUGUGAAGGUACUGAAGAGAUUUUCUCCUUCCUUUGUGCCGUGCCGACACCAAAAGGAGAUAAAUCCAAGCACGGAGAAGAAGUUAGUAAUUUCGCCCGCACCCUCUUACCAGUUUACUGGAGUAAGGAGAUGUUGCUGGAGGAAACCGGUGGACAAAAGGAUAAGUCUCCGGCAAAUACUUGGUUCAGCGACGCGUGCAAAAUGGCGGACGCAUGGAAGUCCGGGAGAGGACGCGUACCUUCCGAUCGCAAACCUUCU